UAUAGAGUGUAUUCGUGUACCAAAAAAUUCGUAAAAAUGUUUGCUGGAAAUUGUUCGCGUGGUUUACUAGCAGAAGAGGGCGGUAGAAAAUUUGCAACAUUUUUCAAGUUUUUUUCCCCAUCAGUAAUUUGCAGUAACGAACAGAUGUUUUAAAUUUGUUAAAAUUUCCUUCUCAAUUCCGGCCCUCACAGUCUCUUUGGCCAGAGUUCACGAACAGAGCUUAUAAAAUAGAUGUUGUGAAUUUUGGAGAAUUUGUUUUGUAAACACAUAUAUUUUAGUUGCUUUACCGCCUGUUGGAUAUUUGGGAAAUUUUAUAAAUAGUAUUACACAUUAUGAUUGCGCAAAAAGUGGUGGAGGACGCAUUGAACGAAGUCAAGAAGAUACACGAAACUACGCUGGAACAUGCCGUGCAAUUGUCUAUUUGUCCUUUGCUGGGUGGUAGGUCCAUUGGGUCUGAUAUCAAAAAUGACUCCAAAAUAGGACAAACGAGGGAUUUUAACAAGGAGGAGGAGGAGAAACAAAUGCCAGCAAAAGAACAUGUGAAACGAAAAGAGACGUCUCCGCUAUCAAAUAUUUCGGAUUUUAAUAGUUUGCAGAAUUUAGACUUUCAAACUAUAAACUCCAGUAUUCUGCUUCGCGAAGCUGAUGAAAGAAGAAAACGUUCCAUGUGGCAGCAAAUGUUUGAAAUGAAGGAAAAACAUUUGGCAACAAUGGAGGCGUGUCAAAAACCAAUCGAAGCACAGAAACAAGAGGAACGGCGAAAAUGGUUGGAGAAAAAACGACUAAAUGACAAACAAAUUUUGAAGAAGGCAGAGCAGCAGUCAGCUUUAGAGCUUAAAGAAAGCGAACGACAGUUGGAGAAUUUGCGAAAGCAAACCCAAAGACAACUUCAACUUGUAUCGUUCCAAGGCAUUUCACAAUACCAAUCACAGUUUCGGAGUAAGUAUGAAAGUAUUGUAGGUUUGCUCAUGUCAAUAGACAAAUCAGCUUUGAUGUCCUGCAACGAAUACAAUCAAAAGCUGAAGGAAUUCAUACGAAUGUUUGAGCAAUUGAUUGCGAAAAUCAAGUGCGGUGAUUGUGGUGCGGCGGAAAUGAAAACCGCCGAAAACUUAUGUAAAUCCCUCUCUGACUUAGAGGCAAAUGUUUUAGACGCACUCCGAAAAGAAAACGAACGGCAAGAAGCUCUUUUAAGGGAAGCCAAUAGUAAAGAAAAUGUGCAACCAAAUACUGCAGUUGAAGUUUUGACUGAUCCAUCUCCGAAUAUGUCUGACACUCAAAGCGUUCAAAUUAACGCAGUCGCUGAAAACACAAUUACACCCAAAGAUAGUUCUAGUCAGUCUUACAGUACAGUGCCUGCCGAAAAUAAGCCCUCUAAUGCAAUUGAAGAGCAACUGACAAUUUCUCGUCAAUAUGUGAGCCCAGAAUGUUUCGAGUUCUACACAAAAAUUAUUACUUUCUAUCAGGAAAAGGUUGAGCGAGUAAAGGUUUUACAAUCCGACGAUUCUAUGAAAAAAUAUCGCUUCGAUUGUCAAAAAUCUAUAAACAUCCCAGUGAAUGCCAUAUCUGCCGUGAGCCCACAGCAUCUACAGGACAAAUUUGAUAAAUUGUAUACAUUUGUGACGUCGCAGCCCGCAUUGGGCCGCGAUUACUGUGUUCUUUUGAUGGCGAAAAAAUUUGUCGGUCAGGGUGAAACUACAAUUUCGAGUAAUCCACAAGCUGCAUUCCCAGUUGCCUCUGUCAUAGUUUCUCUUUGGAAGCAAAUACCCGAAUUUGGACAACUGUUCCUAGCCUAUUGUUUUAAAGAGUGCCCAUUUCUCGUCCCUUAUUUUAUACCCCAAAAAAAGGAUCAGUCGCCAGAAGAAUACUCAAAGGUCCUGGGUUUCCGCAUUGUAGACGGACAACCAGAAAAACAAGAUAUGUAUUUGAAACGGCAAUCGGGAAUUGCGCGUCUAUAUGCCGCUGUGAUGGUCACGAAUGGGCGCCAAAAAGAUGGUCCUUUGCAUCCCUACAGCUUAGAAAAUGCAUGGCGAUGGUUAACAAACAUGGUCGAGAUAACGCCAUUGCCUCAUCUAUCUGCAACACUUAUUAUGGAAAUUUUGCAGAUUGUCGGAAGUGAAUUGUGGUCGCACUACGGCAAACAAUUUGUUAAGCUUAUAGUUUACAUACAACAGUAUUAUUUCCCCACUUUGUCUGAAGUGGAUGCUGGUGGUCCAAAAGCUAGACUGGAGCUUUUAUUGAACAAUUUCUUGAGAGAAGGACAAAUGCCAAAGCCAAGCGGAAUGCUUCCUCCAGGCUUUUGGUAAACACUAAAUUUAAGUCUUAAUUUAUCGUCAAUAAAAGAGGGCAACAUAAUAGAAAAUUUUAUGCGUAAGGAUGUUUAGAUUUUAUUUUUUUUAGUAUUAAAGUUUUUAAAACAUUCGCUAUAUUUAUAUUUUAA